AUGGCUAUUGCAGCUAGUCUUAACUCUAAUGCAUCUAAUGAAUAUUCUGAAAUAUAUUUAGUAUUAACAUCCUGUGUAACGCAAGGUCUUGGUUGGCUUCUCGAUCCAUUUAUUUCAAUCGUUGGUCCGAAAGCUGGUGAAGUGUUAGGAUUACUUUUUGUUAUCUUUAAUGGCUUAGAAGGUGUUUGGAUUAUAAUGUUGUAUAUUAUUGCUCGAAAAAAACAUAUGGAUGAAACCAUGCGUGGCAAAUGCAAUGGCAUACCACUCAAAAAGAUUAGAGCGCGAAAAUCUAAACUAAAUGUUUCAAAUACUAAUAGUAGACCUUCAAAAUUGCAUAAUUUUAAAAGUGAUCUACAACAUAAUUUAUUUGCUGACUUGGCAGAAAUAAUUGUAAUUCGUUACGGCGAUGCUGCCGAUGACAACAGUUAA